GUCAGGCUGUGACUUUCAGAUGUUGGUCAACUCACAGGCAUGCUCUACAUGUUGGCAUUUGAAUAAAACUUUUAAAGCUCAUGACCAGGCAAAAAGCAGUAACAAAUUGCAGUUUUUGUAAUGCUUCUUUGACAUUUGAGCAGGGAACUGUAGUUAACUUUACAUGGAGUUCCAUGCUGAUUUACAGAUUAAAAUGAAUUAAUUUAUUUCAAUGGCAAGCAGUUGUUGAAAAAGGGGUACAGUCUUUGUAUCUUUCACUUGAAAGUUUUCUGAAAUUAUGUAAAAUAGUUUUUGACCAAAAAUAGAAUAAACAAAAUAUAAGUUAAUUGUCAUGACGGUCAUGUUCUCAUUCAGUAUGGAAUGGCUACUGGUGUUCCUUACUUUGACAAGCAAAAGAUUAUGUGCCAGCAACCUCCCACAAACUUGCAAGCCUUUCAUGUUUUGCCCAGGUACAGGUUUCCAUGGCGAAUCUUUAUUAUCGUCUAUUUUGUUAUCACUACAUGUUAAAUUAAGGGUGACAGAAAUUGAGUUACGGUAUUUUGGAAGUAUGAGCUACGACAAAAGUUCUUUUGUAAGGUGAGUCCUUCAGGAAGUGAUGUUUGUUUAUUUUAACCUCAACAGGAAGUGACUUCAUCGUGUUACAAUAAAUACUUUCCCUUUGGCUGUGAAGGAUUACCGGACUUUAUUCAUUUUUGCAUUCAGCCAGGAUAGGCCAUGAUAGUUUUUCACCUUAUUUUCAGUGGGCUUUCUUGGAAGGAGAAACCUAUGAGGAAGGAGAGAAACAACCAAGAAAUGUCAAGUUUUAGAGGUGGGAGGAAAACUCUGGACAGAUAUUCCAGGGAAACACCCAUGCAGUCAGCUAAUGGACUACACAGGACUUGCACAAAUAGUCUGGUACCUGGUAGCAGAUGAUUCCAGGCACCCACAUCCUUAUAUCUUGGAAGGAGAGGGUUGUAAAGAUGGCGUCUGUACCAAGACCAUUUUGGCAGAGGGACAGAUCAUCAGUUUUCCAGGAUUAUAUGUGAGGAGUGUCAGCAGGACAGAUAUAAAAAAGACUUUAGAGAUGCGAAUAAACACGCUGAGGGAAUACUUGCCAGGGAUUGAAUUUAGGUCAAAAGACACAACGGAAUACAAUUUGAAUUGUGUCCGAAUCUGCUUCCAAGUGUUAUGUCAAGGUCAGGAAGAACACCAUGGUAACAUGUCACUCCUGACCAGGUCGUUACACAGCAAAGAACCAUCUCUUCAAAGAGAGCCCCGCAUCUUGUCCAUCAGUCAGUGUAAAGGAUCAGUACAAGGACAAGAAGAACUUACCCUCCAGGUUACCAACCUCAAAACUGAUGACGUCUUUGUGUUUUUUCACUGUGAGAGCCUUGAACCGAGAUCAAGUUGGCAAGCAUUUGCCAAUGUCAUCAGUAUUUCCCGCCAAAAGUCAAAGCCAGUUGACAUUGUAGUUGAAACACCACCCUACCCGGACAAGAAAAUCACUGAGCCCAAGACAGUUGCUGUUCAGAUUCGUUUGAUGGACAGUUCAGUCAGCAACACCAUCAAGUUUACAUAUACACCUAAACCCAAAGGAGUGACUAAGAUUGAUCAGAAAUAUAAACUCAAAGAGCCCAUCUAUGUGCGUUACUUCACCUGUCCUGAUGUCUCAACAGAUGUGAAACCAAUUUUGAAAAUGGCAGUUGAUGGAAAGGAUACUGAGAAUUCAGUGUGUGACCCAGUAUAUGUCUACAAACGAGAACCAAGGACAUUGAAGAAGGCCAAACCAGAGAAAGGGGACGCUGCAUGCCAAACAGAGGAACGAUAUCUCCGGACUGAUCUCGGACUGGAAGGAUACGAUUCUGAAGAAGAAAUUGGAAUAGCUGAUGACAGGGUUGAUUACAAUCGUCUGGAGAGGUACAGAUCUUUAAUGAUGGAGUCUGAGUCACCAGCCAAUACUUCGCUUACAAAUGGCACUGAAAGACUUGUACAAACAGGAGCUGGCUUGUCUCAACAUGAUUUCACCCCAAAGGGAGUUCUUGGUAGCUUGCUGUCUUCAAAAUCAAACCAUUCAGCCAGUUCUGUACGGAAUCAAGUGGGUGUCCAUACUUCAUCUCGUGGGAACAGUAGUGCUUUUGAGAAGCUUACCAGGGUCCUGUCAGAGGUUAACCUUGACUCACAAUCACGAUGUGAAGGAGAAAGUUGCUCACACAGUGAAAGCCUUGAAAAAUCGGUUGGCAACUGUAGUUUUAGCUCGGACAAAGACAUCAAAGAUAAUCAAGAAGAAUCUCCACCAACAGAUAAUCAAGUUGUUGAUGCCUUUAUCAAUUCCACAACCAACUGUUUGUUUGGUCGAUUUCAGUGUGUAUUUCUCAUUGAGACUACCCCUAAAGUGCAAGAGAUUGUGCUACGACCACCGGGAGCAGCCAAUGUACCUGACCUAACUGGAAGUUCCUUAUACAUUGCAUUAGCAGACAAGACAAAGUUUCCCAUUAACAUGAACCCAGAAGGCUUAGUUGCAGUCAAGGAUAUCGAGGAGAGUCAGUUCCAGGAGGAGGCAUAUUUUGACUGGCACCGUUUGAAGCAGAAGAAUUUGAUUAACAUCAUUGGACUGGUGAAGUUGAAAGCUGUACACAGUGUUAUUCUUGAACUUCCAGAAGAGGGUUGCCUGGUGGGAUAUAUAUCUAGAACAGAUCCUGCUAUUCUUAAGGGGAGUGCAUUGAAGUGGAUUGAGCAGAUUUCUAAAGCUUUACAACAGCUUCACGAUAGUGGGCUGGCUCACCAGGAGAUUAGACUAGAGAACUGCCUGAUAUCAGGGGGAAAUGAUCUCAUACUGAACAUUCCAUCCAACUUGAUGAUGGAUGGAACACAGAUGGAAGUAGGUUCAGCUAAAAUGCAAGAUGUUCACUCAUUUGGUGUUCUUGGACUGAAUUUGCUGAAAUAUUGUGGUGUUAUGGAAGAUAUUUCUUCAUGCUUAGAAUUUUUCCAGGAUGACAAAAUGACUAAAGCACUAACUAUUCAGGCUGUGGUAAAGAAGUUACAGUGUUUCAGUCAACAGCCAUCAAAGAUGGUUCCAUCCUUCGAGGUUGACCCUUCAAGCCCAACUCAUGAGUUGUCCAAUCAGAAUGCAAAUUUUGACUUUGAUCCUGAAAGCUACUCCCUCUCUCUUACCCCAGAUAGUGGCCUUGUCUGUCCUCAUGAGAUUAAACAUCCUGCUGUCAGUUCGUUGACACGUGCAGAACGAACAUACUCAAGUAGCAGUCGGGAGUCGGCAUUCUCAGAUGCUUCAUUGAAAAGUGACGACAGCUUGAAUUCCGUACGAGCCAAUUCUGUUGUUACAAGUCAAGGGGAAACUGCAGCAGCAACACCGACUAGCUCUCAGGAGGGGGAUACACCAGAUGGUCAUGGGUCUUCUCCUCCUCAGGAACCUGAGGAGUCAGAGAUGGGUGAUGAGGGGGAUGGGAGGAGUGGAGAAGAUGGGAAGGAGGAGUCUAAUGGGCAAGAUUGGGAUCAUUACCAGAAUGAUAAACAAGAUGACAGCUUCAGAAGUCACCUGCGCCCUCCUAGGGUCAUGAAAUGCGUUGAUCACACAGGGGGAAUUCUGGAACUUUUUGAUGGGGAAGUCUGCUUGGAAAUUCCCCCAGGAGCCUUGAGAGAUGGACAGGUGGAAGAGAUAACUUUGAGUGUAGUCUGGAAUGAUAAGCAUAUACCACCACUAAAGCUGACUGACAUGAAUGCGGCCCCAAUAGUGCAGUGUGGACCAAAUGGUCUUCGCUUCGAAAAGCCAGUGCUUCUUAAGCUUCCUCACUGUGCCGUGGUACCAGACCCCAAACAAUGUAAAAUGACUGUCCAUUACAGCGAGACUGGAGAAGAUCAGGGUGAGCUACCUCACUGGGAAAGAAUAUCAAAGCCUGAAGAUUCAAACAUGGCUGUGGAAUACCACGACCGAUACUUUACUCUCUCAGUCAGUCAUUUCUGUGAGUUUACUGUAACCAUUGAUGGCAGUGGAGAAGAAUCCCUUGCCAAAAACAUUAUGAUUGUUGGCUAUGGGCCCAAACUUAAAAGUUUUGAUGAAGAUCAACAGAUACGUGUCUACCUGUAUGAAGAUAAUGAGAUCAUCAGAGAAAGAAUACAUCAAGAGGAGCAAAACCUUGGUGGAAACCAGCUGGAUGGACCAGUAAAAUACCAAUUUCAUAAGUUACAUCGAGGAAGCAUGAUUAUUGAAGUGAAAUUUCACACUGCAUCAUGGUUACUUACGUCAGCCAGACAACGGGUGGAAUUUUCCUUCAGUUAUAUGUGGAAUACGAAGCCCUGGAAUCGAUGUAAGUUUACCUUCAGUAACUCCACCAAUAAAGCAACACAGUUUAGGUGUGACAUUGAGGCCAAACAAAAGGACAAUGACGAUAUAGCACAGAUAGAAAUAUCCAACCAUGUCAAGAUAUCGUCAGAGGCGAGUUGUCCAGAAGCCAGAGGGUCUGCCAGAUGUGAUGAUAAGGCAUCAUUUGAUGCACCUACUUGGCCUUGUGGAACAACGCAUAUAUCAUACCGUGAAAGCCAGAUGUAUAGAAGGGAUUUAUCUUAUGAAGGGAGUGGUUUUGGUGUGCCUCUUUGUGGUAGCUCAUUGCAGACACAGUCAUCUGGGUUGGGCCUGAAAUCUGCUGAAGAGUUCGGUGCUUUCUCCCUUACAUCUAUUUGUUCUGAGACUCUGAGCAAGCCACUCAUUCCAUUUGAAGUGGAAAGGGAUCUUUGUGUACUCCUAGAUCCUGAGGGUCCGGCAGGAAUAGGAAAUAACUGGAAAUUAUUAGCCUCUCUAUUUGGAAUUAAUAACAAUUAUAUUAAAUUGUGGGAGAGCAAGCGUUCUCCCACAAGUCAGGUUUUGAGUGUUAUCCAGCAUGAACGAAAGAUCCAGUCACUUGCCGAUCUUAAAGAAAAAUUGACAGAAAUGAGAAGGCUUGAUGCUGCCAAAGUGAUAGAAGACUAUGAAGUGCAAAUGUGUAAUAGAAGUACCCGUUCAAUGCAGCCAACCAGUGAAGAACCCAUGGCCCUGAGCAACACCCCUAGUCCAGAUGAAACUAAACCUGCCUUAACUGGCAAUCGGGAGUUUUUCACACAGCCUCCUUCUACAUUUCCUGAUCAAAAGUCCAUUGAGAGCAGUUCCUCAUCAAGCAGUGCAAUGGUUUCAGGCAGCUCCAAUCAGAACAUGAUCCAACUGGCCGGCAGUGAUACAGACAUGACUGGACAGGGGCUGUCCAGUUCAUAUGCUCAACAUCACAGCACACGUCAAGAAUUAACGCCUCAUCCUGAAACAGUUCAUAGCAGUCCACAAAACGAUUUUCUGUCUUCACCCAGAAAUUCAAUGGGUACACCAGACAGCUGUCUUGAGAGAUCAGACAACACACCGUGGAAAGCGCCUACCCAAAGGCUCGCUGACGAAAACAGCAACAUGGAAUUCUUGAAAGAUGCUGUGAAAAGAAACUUGCAUCUCUAAUUCUAAGGAGAGUCUGACAGUCAAACAGAAGGCAGAAGAAUCUGUUGCAUUCUGUCGUCAUAGUCAUACACAAAAGUUAUUUGAAGGAAUUUUACACGAUUCUUCUUCCAGGUUUGCCAUGAGAAUGGAGAGCCUUCAAUAUAUGAAGUCCAAGCAAUUGCCAAACAGUGUAUUUCCUGUUAUAUGUAUAAACAAUUUCCAGUUUAAAAUUUCCAGAAUUCUCUGUGGCUAUAGUUUUGUGGUUUUUUUGCACAUUUUUGAGCGGCAAAUCAGCAAGCAUAGUUGUAAUGCUAGUAUCAGUCCGAGUAUCAUGUGGUUCGUCUUGUGUAGUAACAUUUCUUUGACCAUGGUGCAGUUGUUAUUGAUUGACAUUUUAUAUGCCCUUUGGCUUGGUGAAUAGUACUUUGUAUGUACUUGAAUUUUUCCCAAUUUAGGAGAUUUAUUAUUAUCAAUUCUUUCUUUACUUAUGUGAGUGGCUUGAAUGUCAUUCAUAAACAGCAUUUUCCUAGACCCAGCUCCAUACUUGUAGAAAUAAAGUUCUGCCAAAAUAUACCCUUUUCUCAGUCUCUCUUUUUUAUCCAAACAAAUGACCAGCCUGGUGAAAGAUGGACUCAUUUGCUUUUCAGCAUGUACAGUCCCUUCCACUGGAUGCCAAGUUUAUUCUUAUGGCACAUAAAUCAACAUUAACUUGAAAAAAGCCUGUAGUGUGAGGUGAAUACACUUGAAGGCCCUCUCAUUAUUAAUUGUUACAUUUUGACUGACUCUGUAAAUUGCAUCAUUAAAUUGCUGUUCGGUUAUCUCAGUGAUAAUGAUUUUACUCAGAUAUGGGGAGAAGGAAAUAUGCAUUCAUUGGCAUGUGAUAAUGUAAUUGGUACAGUGGCACAUUUCUGCAGAUAGCACAGAGUGUGAACUACAAAGAAAACAGUAAUAUCCCUACAGUUUAUCAGUGGCUUUGUACAGAAAAUCAGCAACAUCUUUUCUAAGACUGUAAUCAUUUUUAUUUCUGUGAAUGUUUUGUUGGAAGCAUAAAAUGCAAAUGAUUAUUUUGUACCCUACUCAAAAAUGUAUAUACAGAAGAUAAUGUUUACCUUUCGUUUGGUACUCUUUGCAGUGAGGUACUUGACUUGAAGCAACAAGUUAAUAAACUCCUUGAAGAGAGAGUAUGUAGAGUGUUACAUCUACCAGCAAUUGGUGGUUUUAAAUUUGUUUCUGAUCAUCAAUUUGUUUCUGAUCAUCAUUUCAAACACAAUUCAAAUUGUGAUUACUGAAGUGAACAUGACCGUGUGACAUGAAGAGGAACAACAUUGUAACACAGUGAAUAUUUUCGGCAGUGGUUCUAGAGGAAUCUGCUACUGAGCUCCUUUGCUAUAGUUAAAGAAAGACUGUGAUUGGACGUUUGAAUUGUACAUUUACUUUUUGGUAAGUUACAUUUAUAAUGAACCAUGCAUUUCAGCUUUGAAUACCUUCAUGGAUCAAGGAUUGAAAUUCCCUUGUGAAUGAAAUAUAUCUUUGCGAUUGUUCAAAGAUUUUUAUUUUCUCUGACAGGUAACUGGAAUGGUCAAAGCUCAGUUUGUCAAACAUUUAUAUUAGCUUUGCUGUUUAUUUUCAACGCCUUUUUGACUGUUUUACCACUUACCUAUGAGAUUUGAAUACACUGAAUGUAAACUACAGGAAAGCUGAACUGUCCAUGUGUAUAAAGUCAAACUUUUUUCUUUCAGUGCAGUCUAAUUUAAUGUUCAAUCUGUAUAAAGAGUUUUAACUAACAGACAUUUGGUUUCAAUUCUUUGUCUACAGACACUAAGAAAAUAUUUCAUCAAGUUCAGUUUAAAAUGUUUAUGUAAACAUGUGUGGUUGAACUUCCUGACAGCAGUUAUUUAAUAAUUUGUUGUGCUACAAGAGACCACACUGUUAACAGUUCCAAAUAAAACAUUCAACUUUAAGCCCUCAAUGUCUGUAACGGAUAAAGAAUUAUUUUAUUAGUUCUGAAAUCAUUAGUAUAUUUUAACAUAAUUAUCUGUGAAAGCCAUUUACCGUACUGACUUAAUAUACUUGAUAUUGUUUGUAUAGUGAUAUUUGUAGUGGCGUAAUAUACACACAAUUCAUGCAUAGCUUGGAUGAUAAUGUCAGAAAUGCUUCUGCAAAUGCUGUGGUCAUAUUGUAUUAUUGUGUCAUCAUUAUGCAAAUUUUAGGGAAAAUAAACAUACAUUCCAGAGGAUGCUUUAUUACAACUAUAGAAGUUUAGAUGUUCAAAAUUGGAAUUCAUUGUGUUCUCCUAAAAAAAUGGAAUGGUGCUAAGUCAAUCAUUGUUGCUAUUGCUGUGGAAAUUUAAUGGGCGGGAAAUGCAGUUGAGCUGUUUGCACUGACUUUGUGAAGCAGCUGUAAAGAAACUUGUUAGACGAUUGUCAGAGAUUAAUUUGCAUAGAUUUUUUCCAUGUUUGGGUCUUGAGAGGAGACUUUAAGAUAAUUUUCUUUGUUCCUAUGAACUUUGAGAGACGAACUCUUGAAAAUCAUUUUGCCUUUUCUAGUUUUCAAUAGAAUAGACAAGUUGGAGUUCUAAUAAAGUUGUGCGUAUUAUUCGUAAA